CAUAUCGUUCUCAUAUCUUCUGGGCCUACCAAAAAAGGAAAAGACCAUAUUGUUAGCUGCUUUAUAAGGGUACAGGCAAAUACACUGAAGAUUUCUUCUGCUCUGCUACAUCAUUCGUCAGAUAACAUUUCUCUGGUAGAAAGCCCUUGCCUUAUCUCUCCCCUAAACAAAGCGCAGGCAAGCCCAACGAGAUAACAAAAAAACAAAAAUGGCCGUCUCAUCCACCACUGCGGCACUCUACAUCUCCCGAAAAGACUUCUCGACCCAGACGCCGAUAAAUGGUGCCAUACCCACAAAUUCCAUCGCUUUUGCAACCAAGCUACGCAGAUUUCACAUCAGAAGCUCAGGUGAAUUAUCCGCCGACACCAGUGCGACAGAAGCAGAUUCUUCAGAAAAUCCCAUUGAAGCCUUAAAAGAACCACCCUCCUUGAUUUCUGCUCUUAACGUCGAAAGAGCACUUCGUGGAAUACCAAUAACAGAUGUGGACUACUAUGGUAGACUUGGACUACAACGAGGAUGUUCUUCUGAGCAGGUUAUAGUUGCAUACCAAAGAAAGGUUGAAGAAAUGAGGAAUCAGGGAUUAAAUGAAGAAGAACUCGACAACAAACUGGAACUUCUAAAAGAAUCAUACAUAAUUUUGUCAUCUGAGGAAGAGAGAAGGAUGUACGAUUGGAGCUUGGCUCGAAGCCAAGAUGUGGAGACAUAUGUUUGGCCCUUCGAGGUUGACAAAACAAAAACUCCAAAAGAGUCUCCUCCCAUGCAGGAUCCAGAGGACGUGGGACCAACAAGAUUGGUGGGAUACUUCAUUUUAGGGUGGUUGAUAUUAUCCUUCAUAGUGUCUAUUGCCCUUAAUCAAUAAAAACCAAGGGGAGAUUAGUGCAUUUAUUUCACACUGGGGAAGGAAAAAAUGAAUAGAAAACGUGGAGCCCCUCAUAUUCUACUAUCAGGAAGAUAAAGUUGUUGUUCUAGUAAGCAAUGUCUUUUGUACACAGAAAAAGCAUUUCCCUGCCGACUAAAUUGACCUUUUAAAAAAUUGUUUAUAAACCGUUUUGUCCAACUUCCAAAGGUGAGGGCUUUAGGGAGGAUGAGUUAUUUUGUUCAACCUAUUAUUUGCAUUAAUUAAUGUAAAUCAAUCUUCUUUUCCAAUCUAAUUACUUGAAUAAGUCUUCUUUCAUGGCACUAGCCAAAAUUGAUAGUCCAUGUAAUACCUAAAGAAUUUAAGGGAAAUUAUGUCAUAACCCAUUGUGCUGUCACACUAUUUGACAUUGAGACUACAAUUUCUAAUUUAAUCAAAAUUGAGACGUGUUUGGGCAUUUGUAAACGUAGACCUUUGCCAAAAUAUUCAUCAAAUAGAUAAAAGUAGUGACAUGAAACUACUAUUGUGC